AUACAAAUAUGUCUUCCCCAGGGCUUUCAGCCUUCGUCUCAUCGACUCACACUACCAUUGGUACAUGGCAGCAGCGCGCAUCUUGGUUUAGAGCUGCCGUGCAAGUUACUCUGAACGCUGACCGUCUUUCAGGCUCGAGUCGGACACCCGUCAAAAUCGUUGCCUGACCUGCUUUUCCGGCACUCGUGCUGCUCAUGGAUCCCAAGUCGUUCCUUCCCAAGGAAGCGUAUGCCGCGCUCGAGAACACAGAAUUUUCACGGUCCGAAGAACUUCCACUCUACACGUCGCAUAUUCCGCAAAGGCGCUCUGUCAGAUGGAAGAAGUGCCUCUUAUUUGUGAUGUGCAUCGUCGCUUUCGCCUUUCUACGUUGCGGGGAUCAAUUCCGAGGCUCCACUACACCAUCGGCCCGGAAUCCAGCGUUUCUCAUAGUUGCUGAACAUGGUGCUGUUGCAUCAGAGAAUAAACGCUGUUCGGAUAUUGGUGUCGAGGUGAUGAAAGACGGAGGCAAUGCUGUCGAUGCUGCUAUCAGUGCUGCAUUUUGCACUGGUGUGGUCAACAUGUUCUCGUCUGGGAUUGGUGGUGGCGGUUUUAUGACCGUUCGUAUACCCCCAAGUGCGCCUAACGCAUCCUCAGAAGUUUACGUGAUAGACUUCCGCGAGACUGCCCCGGCUCUUUCCAAUACCACUAUGUUCUCCGGGAACCCACUGUCUGCCAAGUACGGUGGUUUGUCUGUCGCCGUACCAGGCGAAACCCGUGGUUUUGAAGAAGCUCACAGACGAUGGGGUUCUCUGCCAUGGAAUAGACUUAUACAACCAAGCGUGGACCUUGCAAACCAAUGGACCGUGGAUACAGAACUAGCCAGACGCAUUCAAACGUACUCUAGACUAAUGUUAGGACAGGAUGAAUGGAGGACAGUGUUUGCGCCCAAUGGAAAGCCCCUAAUCGAGGGGCAGACUAUUCGAAGACCGAAUUACGCUCGUACUUUGUCAGUCCUCGCAUCGGAUGGCCCAGAUGCGUUCUACAAGGGUCCUAUAGCUGAUGCACUAGUCCGGAAAAUUAAAGAAACUGGAGGCAUCAUGACACAUGCAGACCUUGAAGGCUAUGCUGUCAAAGUCGAACGGGCGCUGCGAGGCACGUACCGAGAUAAGAAAGUCUAUACGUCCAGAGCCCCCACAUCAGGACCAGCCUUGCUCCACAUGCUUAAUCUAAUUGAACGGUUUGAUCUCACCAACGAAGGCCGAAGCGGAUUGAAUGCACAUCGCAUAGUAGAGGCCCAGAAAUUUGGUUUUGCAGCAAGGACCAGAAUAGGGGAUCCAUCCUUUGCGCUCAACAAUUCAGCCCUCAUCGCUGAAAUCUCUACCAAGGAUUUCGCAGAUCUUAUAGCUGCCAAUUUGACUGAUGACCGUACUCAUCCAGUGGGGUAUUACAACCCAGAAUUCGACAUUGUGACUGAUCAUGGCACCAGCCACACAUCAGCCGUAGAUAGCCAGGGUAUGGCUGUCGCUUUGACAACUACAGUCAACCUUGUGUUUGGCUCUCAGGUGCUUGAUCCGGAGACGGGCAUUCUUUUGAAUGACGAGAUGGACGAUUUUUCUACUCCUGGAUUUCCUAAUGAUUUUGGCCUGUGGCCAUCGCCGUACAACUACCCAGAACCGGGCAAGAGGCCUCUUUCUUCCAUUGCACCCACCAUCAUGGAACACGGAGAUGGGUCGUUUUAUCUUGCCAUAGGAGGAUCGGGGGGAUCCCGCAUCUUCCCGUCAUUGUUCCAGGUUAUCCUGAACCUCGACUGGGGUUUAGAUGUCAGUGAAGCCAUAGAGUAUGGUCGGAUGCAUGAUCAACUACUUCCAAUGGAGGUUGAUGUGGACGACACUUUGCCGAACGACCUCGUCGAUUUUCUGAGGGAUCGAGGACACAACGUCACUGUGAAACCAAUCGGCCGCGUUGCUGGCAUAGUUCAGGCUGUCCUGCAAAAAGAAGGCACGAUUUUUGCGGCGAGCGACUCAAGGAAGAAUGGUAUCGCCGCCGGGUACUAAAUAAUUUUUCCUCAGGCGUUAGUCCACAAGCCCUACUCCUGACCAGGGGGGCUGACGAAUAGGGAUGAAGUAAUGCAAACUAGAAGCACUCGGAAUUUUUGUUGUGCUUUUAGUGGCGACGAAUGACUAAAUAACAUGUAUCGAAUUUCUGGCACUGUGCUGCUAUAUCUGUACUUACCACCCCUUCUAUCUGGUUCUACCGUAUGCAUCCGUUAAUUUAGUCUACCUUUGCACGAUGCCUGAAGCUGGGGUAAAGAACGGCAGUCAUUGCGUAGUGCUGAGCCAGGAACAAAUAAUAGUAAACACACGUUGAGUGAUGGGUAUCACGGAGUCCCGGACGAU